AUGUUAAGAGGUUGUCAAGAGCUGCUUGGAGGCGUCAAAGUAAUAAUCACUGUCGAUUGGAUAUUUCUAGCACUGCGCUAUGAUCGCAUUCGAGUUAUGCUUAAGAGUAUAAUUCGCUACACUCCUGGUGUCGGGUGGGCGGUGUUGCUGUUGCAAUGUCUGUGUGUUGGUCGAAACUGGGCAGAUUAG